ACGUUCAAACUUCCUGAAAGCCGAGCUCAGUGAAAGCGGACGCGAACGCGCCCGCGUCCUCGUAGCGCAGGUCAUGUCUUGUUAUUGAGGUGAAGGGUCAGUCUGUGAGCUUUAGCGCAGUACACUUGCAUUUGGAUAUUUCUACUGCAUGACAAUUUUUAUAAUUAUAACUUUUAAUAAGAUCUAAAUAUGUUGCCGAAUACGGGAAAGCUCGCAGGUCGCACCCUGUUCAUUACUGGGGCCAGCCGUGGCAUCGGGAAGGCCAUCGCCUUGAAAGCUGCCCGGGAUGGUGCCAACGUGGUGAUCGCUGCCAAAACUGCCCAGCCGCAUCCCAAACUUCCUGGGACCAUCUACACUGCUGCAGAAGAAAUUCAGGCAGCUGGUGGUAAGGCUCUACCCUGUGUUGUGGAUAUCAGGGAUGAAAAGCAGAUCAGCGAUGCAGUGGAGCAAGCAGUAAAGAAAUUUGGAGGUAUUGACAUAUUGGUAAACAAUGCAAGCGCCAUAAAUUUAACUGGCACUGUGGAGACACCAAUGAAGAAAGUGGACCUGAUGCUGGGCAUCAACCUCAGAGGAACUUACCUGACAUCCAAGCUGUGUAUCCCAUACCUCCUGAAGAGUAAAAACCCUCACAUCCUCAACUUAAGCCCUCCACUCAAUCUGAAUCCCGUCUGGUUUAAAAAUCACACAGCAUACACCAUGGCCAAGUAUGGCAUGUCCAUGUGCGUUCUGGGAAUGGCUGAAGAAUUCAGAGGGUCUAUCGCAGUCAAUGCCUUGUGGCCCAAGACAGCCAUUCAGACGGCAGCCAUGGACAUGCUGGGAGGCUCUGGCAUCAGUAAGCAGUGCAGGAAGGUGGACAUCAUGGCAGACGCGGCCUACUCUAUCCUGAACAAGCCCACCACCUACACGGGCAAUUUCACCAUCGACGAGGACAUACUGAAGGCGGAAGGAAUCUCUGACUUCGACACAUAUGCUGUUGUUCCAGGACAUCCUCUACUCCCUGACUUUUUCCUGGACAGCGACCCAGAAGAAGUUAAGAAGCAGAUGGUGGACGAGGGAACUAAGGCUGAACAGGCAGUUGCAGGAGACAUGGCAAGCGGACCCAUCGCUGACACCUUCAGAGCCAUUCAAGGAAUCCUGAGCCCCGAUGUCAUUAAAACGACGCAGGGAGUUUACAAGUUCAACAUCACUGGAGACGAUGCCGGCGUGUGGUACAUCGACCUGAAGAAUGGUUCGGGAAGCGCAGGCCUUGGGGAGCCUCCGAACGGGGAGGCGGAUGUCAUCAUGACCCUGGACGGCCUGGACUUCGUCAAGAUGUUCAAAGGUCAACUGAAGCCAACGAUGGCAUUUAUGUCUGGAAAGCUGAAGAUUAAGGGCGAUAUGACUCUUGCCAUCAAGAUGGAGAAGAUGAUGGCAAUGAUGACAUCUAAACUUUAAGGAAAACAUGCUGCCAUUUCUCCAUCACACCCAUCCAUUUCUCCAUCACACCCAUCCAUUGUUAAUUCAGCAUUAAUGCUAAUUUUAUAAGCUUUGUAACAGUGCUAAUUUAGCUGUUCUUCAGUCUCAUUCGUAAAUACAAAUGUAAUAGUUGUGUAUAAAUUUUGAGAGAACGUG